CCCUCCUCACUCUUCACACACACUCACACACACACACACCCACGACAGACACGCACACACCCGGGCGCCGAAGGGAAAGCCGCUUCUCGCCUUCCUGCCCCACCGCCAGUCCUGUCUCGGCCCCUCAGCAGAGCGGGAAAGCGGAGGUUGGAGCCGUGACCUCUGACCCCGUGGUUAUGCGGAGCCGCCGCAUUCCUUAGCGAUCGCGGGGCUGCCGCCGCUGCUGCCGCCGCCGCCGCCGCCGCCGCCGUGGGCGACUGACGCAGCGCGCCGCCGCCGGGGAGGAGGAGGAUGAAGGACAAACAGAAGAGGAAGAAGGAGCGCACGUGGGCCGAGGCCGCGCGCCUGGUACUGGAAAACUACUCGGAUGCUCCAAUGACACCAAAACAGAUUCUGCAGGUCAUAGAGGCAGAAGGACUAAAGGAAAUGAGAAGUGGGACAUCCCCUCUGGCGUGUCUCAAUGCCAUGCUACAUUCCAAUUCAAGAGGAGGAGAGGGGCUGUUUUAUAAACUGCCUGGCCGAAUCAGCCUGUUCACGCUCAAGAAGGAUGCCCUGCAGUGGUCUCGCAGUCCGGCUGCAGUGGAGGGAGAGGAGCCGGAGGACACAGCUGACGUGGAGAGCUGUGGGUCUAACGAAGCCAGCACUGUGAGCGGUGAAAACGAUGUUUCUCUUGAUGAAACAUCUUCGAAUGCAUCCUGUUCUGCAGAAUCUCAGAGUCGGCCUCUUUCCAAUCCCAGGGACAGCUACAGGACUUCCUCACAGGCAAACAAGCAAAAGAAAAAGACUGGGGUGAUGCUGCCACGAGUUGUCCUGACUCCUCUGAAGGUAAACGGGGCCCACGUGGAAUCGGCGUCAGGGUUCUCGGGCCGCCACGCCGAUGGCGAGAGUGGCAGCCCGUCCAGCAGCAGCAGCGGCUCUCUGGCCCUGGGCAGCGCUGCUACUCGUGGCCAGGCCGAGGUCGCCCGGGACCCUGCCCCGCUCCUGAGAGGCUUCCGGAAGCCGGCCACAGGUCAGAUGAAGCGCAACAGAGGGGAAGAGAUAGAUUUUGAGACGCCUGGGUCCAUUCUUGUCAACACCAACCUCCGGGCCCUGAUAAACUCUCGGACCUUCCAUGCCCUGCCAGCCCACUUCCAGCAGCAGCUCCUCUUCCUCCUGCCUGAAGUGGACAGACAGGUGGGGACAGAUGGCCUACUGCGUCUCAGCAGCAGCGCACUGAAUAAUGAGUUUUUCACUCACGCAGCUCAGAGCUGGCGGGAACGCCUGGCUGAUGGCGAAUUCACUCAUGAGAUGCAAGUCAGGAUCCGACAGGAAAUGGAGAAGGAAAAGAAGGUGGAACAGUGGAAAGAAAAGUUCUUUGAAGACUACUAUGGACAGAAAUUGGGUUUGACCAAAGAAGAGUCAUUACAUCAGAAUGUGGGCCAUGAGGAGGCUGACAUCAAGAGUCACUUGUGUGUCCCAGGAGAAUCAGCACGGCCGCAGCGUGGUCCAGCCACCCGGCAGCGAGAUGGGCAUUUCAAGAAACGCUCUCGGCCAGAUCUCCGAACCAGAGCCAGAAGGAAUCUGUACAAAAAGCAGGAGUCAGAACAAGCAGGGGUCGCUAAAGACACACAGUCUGUGGCACCAGACAUCCCCCUCUACAAGGAUGGGGAGGCCGAGAGCAACUCGGCAGAGGCAGGCAGCCCUCAUCUGCCUGGCACGGCCUGUGUAGCACCCGACCCAGAGAGUGCCGAAUUCCUGACCCAGCCUGUGGCUUCCCGGACGCAGACCGAUCCAGGCGACCUGGCACGCACCUCCGUGUCUCCAGACAGGAUUCCCAGUUUGCCUCAGGAGACUGCAGAUCAGGAACCCAAGGAUCAGAAGAGGAAGUCCUUUGAGCAGGCGGCCUCCGCAUCCUUUCCCGAAAAGAAGCCCCGGCUUGAAGAUCGUCAGUCCUUUCGUAACACAAUUGAAAGUGUUCACGCCGAAAAGCCACAGCCCACCAAAGAGGAGCCCAAAGUCCCGCCCAUCCGGAUUCAACUUUCACGUAUCAAACCACCCUGGGUGGUUAAAGGUCAGCCCACUUACCAGAUAUGCCCCCGCAUCAUCCCCAUCACGGAGUCCUCCUGCCGGGGCUGGACUGGUGCCAGGACCCUCGCAGACAUUAAAGCCCAUGCUCUGCAAGUCCGAGGGGCGAGAGGCCACCACUGCCAUCGAGAGGCGGCCACCACUGCCAUCGGAGGGGGGGGUGGCCCGGGUGGAGGUGGCGGCGGGGCCACCGAUGAGGGAGGUGGCAGAGGCGGCGGCAGUGGUGAUGGUGGUGAGGCCUGUGGCCACCCUGAGCCCAGCGGAACCCCGGGCACCCCUGGAGAGUGUGCGUCAGAUCUACAGCGAGCACAACUACUGCCGCCUUGUCCUCUGAAUGGGGAGCACAUCCAGGCUGGGCCUGCCUUGUCCAGAGCCAGGAGAGAGGACCUGAUUGCUCUCAGAAAGGAGGAGAGCUGCCCACGGCAGAGGGUUCCAGAUGUCCUCACAAGUGGGCUGAAGGAUACUUCCCAACUCCCCAUUGCUCCCACUGGGGACCAGCCAUGCCAGGCUUUGCCCCCACUGUCCUCCCAAACCCCAGCCCCGGAGAGAUUAGUUGAGCAGCCUACGUUGCAUCUAGAUGUUAGAACUGAACAUAAGUCUCGUACCACCUCGUGGGAAAGUGAUGGUGAGGAUCGAGGACCCUCUCUUCCUCCAGAGGGUGGUCCUGUGCAGUCUCCAGUGGGGGAUGUUGUAUUGGAAGGAGGACCUGGCCAGGUUCUAGACCGAGACAGUAACCCCACCAUGAAGGAUCCUGUGAAUGUGACUCCUAGUUCCACCACUGAACCAUUGGCUGGUUGCUUGCAGGAUAGACAGUGUGAUGAGGAAUUAGGACUUGGUGAUUCAUGCCCACCCACAAGGGAAAGUGCUACUAGACAAGAAGACUUGACAACUGAGGUCCUCGUUUCUGAUGGUGCUGCUCUUUGGGUGCCCGGCCUGCCAAAGGAUGAGGCAGUGGGACAGCCUGGACCAGACUCCAGGAAACGUGUCCCAUCUGUUGAGCCCCAGGCCGUGGAGGAGUGGGAGAAAGCUGCCCCCCUCAUUCCUGCGUUACUUGGGGAUUUGACAGCUGGGGAGGGGUUAGACCCCCCUAACCACUUCCCUUUGCUCUGGACAGUACCAUCUCAAGGGUGCGCUGAUGACGGUGCUGGCAGUGACCGCAAACUGGUGGAAGGUGAAAAGUUGAAAAUCAACGGAGACUCUGAAGCACUGAGUCCUCAUGGCGAGUCCACAGACACGGCUUCUGACUUUGAAGGCCACCUGUCUGAGGACAGCAGCGAGGCUGACCCCAGUGAGGCCACCGUGGUGAAGAGAGCCUUGGUGGCGGACACGGAUGAGAAACACAAUUGGAACCACUCUGCCUCACUCUCCAAAGUGAAUGCUGACCGGAGUCUGGUUACAAGGACAGACAGCAUGGCUGCUCCUCAAAGCUGGGUGUCUCGUGUAUGUGCAGUCCCCCAAAAGAUUCCAGAUUCUCUGCUGCUGGCCAGCACUGAGUACCAGCCGAGGCUCAUGUCUUUGGGCAGGCCUGGGUCCUCAGUGGAGGCCACUGACCCACUCGUGAUGCAGUUGCUGCAGGGCAGCUUGCCCCUAGAGAAGGUUCUUCCUCCAGCCCAGGGCACCAGCAAACCUGAAUCCCCACGACUCCCGCUUAUGAAAGAGCAGAGCCUUGGCGGCUCCCUGGGAGUGGGAUCUUUGCAGGAUUCGGCAGAAAACCAUUCUGCGGUUGGCAAGAGCAGCCCCCGUUCUUUAAGAGCUUCAAAGGAGCCUCUUGUACCUGAGAGCUGUGAAGCAAGCACUGGUCUUGCCAGGCUGGAGCCCACGCAGGCUCCUGGAGCACCCCAGAAGAUUUCCAAGACAGUCCCAAGUCUAGACUCCCUCUAUCCAGGGACAGAGCUGACGGCUCCCUCUGGGAAAGUGGAAGAAGUGGAUUCCAAAGAGCGGUUCUCUCCUGCUAGUUUGGAAGAUCAGAAGGAAGCCCGUGACAUGUCCCAGUGCGGUAAUUCAAAUGCUGCCCCAGGCAGAAGUCCGGGAAAUCUCACUACCUCGAGAGCCCCUUGUUUCUCAUCUCCAAACUCAAUCUCCUUGGAUCCCAAUCAGACAGGUCGGGCCCUGGGUGAUCAGAACAGUGCUGGAGGCCAAGGGAAGAAGCUCUUUGGCCCCAGGAAUGAGGCUACAGCCCUUCAGCGCCCCAGACCCGUGGAGCCAAUGCCACUACCGGCCGAUGCCCCUCCUGGUUUUCCCAGUCGGAAGUUGGGGCCAAGCAAAAACUCUGUGUCCGGUGGGGUACAGACCGCCAGAGAGCACUGGGCUCCAAAGCCACCGCCUGGAUCUGUUGGCGGAGUCAAGAACGAGAAGAUUUUUGGGGGCGGUCCGCUCAAGGCAAAUGCCGAGAACAGAAAUGCCACCAGGCCUGGUGCUCGGGAGCUAGUGGAUCACUUGCAAGGGAUGCCAUUUGUCCUUGACCUGCCCUUCUGGAAAUUGCCCCGAGAGUCUGGGAAAGGGCCUGGUCAGCCUCUGGAGCCUUCCUCCAUCCCCUCCCAACUCAAUAUCAAACAGGCAUUUUAUGGGAAGCUUUCCAAACUCCACCUAAGUUCCACCAGCUUUAAUUAUUCCUCCAGCUCCCCCUCCUUUCCCAAAGGCCUUGCUGGAAGUGUGGUGCAGCUGAGCCACAGAGCAAACUUUGGUGCGAGCCACAGCGCGUCCCUUUCCUUGCAGAUGUUCACCGACAGCAGCACGGUGGAAAGCAUCUCGCUCCAGUGUGCAUGCAGCCUGAAAGCCAUGAUCAUGUGUCAGGGCUGUGGUGCAUUCUGUCACGAUGACUGUAUUGGACCCUCAAAACUCUGUGUAUUGUGCCUUGUGGUGAGAUAAUAAAUUAUGGCCAUGGGAAAAGUUGUAUAUUUAGUGUGCGUAUUUUGAUAAUGAUCUUACAUCUGUAUACAGAAUAUCAUUGAUAUAAUAGACUCUGUUUCUCCAGGCAAGAGCACUCUGGCCCCUCCCUAAAAUUUAUAGUGCUAAAGCCCCUCUGUCAACUUACCAGCCCUUCCGGUCUUGCUGGAAGGGUUUCCUGCCAGGCAACUCAUUGGGCUGCCCAAGGCCGGCUGGCCAGCUUGAGCUCUCAUGCAGACAGAGCCUGGUGUGGCGUGGGGAGCCUGCCUUGACACCCAGAGGGACUUGAAACUGAAGAAAGAAGGUUGUGUUCUCCAUCAAGGGAACUAACCUACCCGAACUGAGUAGGCAUGUCAGUCUUCCACUGCCCCCUCCCUGCCAUCUUCCCUUCUGCUACUCCCUCUGGGGGAAGCCGAUGGCUGGGGAAGCCAGCACAGGGUUAAAGUAACUCCCAGCAGUGCCCACCAGGGGGCCCAAGCACCUGUUGACCUCAGGGUCACAGUUCAGUCAUUUGCCAGUUGACAGGAGCCAGUUUGACCUUUGGUUCUGUUGCCGAAGCAAAUUUAGGACUUUUCCUGUCUCUGUGCAUGCACUAUCCCGCAGGAGCUUUUGGAACCUUGAAUAGACUUGCUCGGACCAUGGGGCUGGGCAUAGGCUUGUCUUUCCUCUUAAAAUGCCAUCUGUAGACCUUGUGAGUCAGAUGUCCAGAAGUUUGGCAGGUGAAUUCCUCUGCUUGACACCCUCCCUGUCACUUUGGACUCGAUGGGAGUGGGCAUCUCCACGCACCUGUGUAUGUGAAAGUCAUUUUACAUUUCAAAGCAGUGUGUGUUUCUUAUUUUUAUAUUUUUAACUCUUUAUCCUUGGAUGUAUAAAGUGAACUUUUUGGCUUCUGUAAGUAUGCUCUAUGCACCUCUAAUGUUUUAUCAUGUAUUUAUAUGUUGUACACAGUACUGGCCCAUUCUGUAAAUGGAUGUAUUGUACAGAGAACACGAGUGUCUCCCUUAUUAUCCGUCUCCGGCGUCAUCGCAUUAAAGUAGUGUGCUUCUCUCCGCCGGUAUCAGAGCUGCCACGUGCUGUGCUGCCGGACAGGAUGGUGGAGCGACUGACUUGUGAUCUGCCAGCAUGGCCCAGUGCCCUGUCCUGGUCACCCGGUGGACCCGCCGUGGCCUGCAGAGCCACGGCCAGCCCGCCCGCGCUCUGCCGAGCAGACGUGUCUCUCGCCCCUCACGUCUCAUCUUUUCCGACCUUCCACUGGCCGCUCGCUACCAUACGUGACAAAUCGCCGCCACCAGUGUUAAGUGCCCUGGAGUCAAGGGUGAGUGCCCUGGGCAGCCCCAAGCAGGCUUUCCAGAUUGGGCUCCAGGGUUCCCGCCUUCAGCAGUACCUGGGACCAUCUGAUGUACUUUUGACAGCAGGUUGGGGAAGAAACAGCCACACCUGUUGCCCGCCUCGCUCCCCACACACCUCCAGCACAUAGACGUCUCCGUAGUUGUCUUCCCUCGCCUUGCUUCCUGCCUUAUUUCUUACACUUCGACUCUUUGCAGAGUUGAGAGCCCUCCUUUUUGACUUUGGUCUCCCUGUGUGAGUGCUUCUGUGUGAAGUAGAAAAUUGGUGUGACCUCAGCAAGUCUCGUUUCACCUGAAAGACCUCUCCCCCACCCCCAUUUCAUUCACUGUGGCAUUUUUGUUAUCAGAAGCAUGGGUGAGGAGGUGGCAGUCACGUGGUGAUGUCAAUGCAGUAUUGGCCAAGUCCGAGUUGUCAACUUGCAGAGUCUGUUUACCAAAGACAGGGAGCAGAGGCCCGGGUGUGUGUGAUCCUCUUCUGCCGUGACCUUUGGUGGCCUCUAGGCUACAGGUGGAAACUGGUCUGGUCCGUGGGGCUGUCUAGGGAAAGCUUUGCCCUUGUAUGUCUCUUGUGGUUUUGGAAAAAUAAACCUGUACAGCCUGC